UGAAUGAUCAGGCCGCCAGUGGUGGGGACCGUCCUGUGCGGGUGGCGGCGCGUAGCGGCUGCAGCAGGCACAGAGCACGCGGCGAGGAAGGCGGCGCGGCGCAGGGGGGACCCUGGGGUACAGCACCAUCGGGUGUUGCUGGGAGACGUGCAGCAGGGCCAGCAUGAGGUAGAGCUCAGGCUCACAGGCCGCACCAGCGGCUGCAGCCGCCAGCUCCGGAGCUCCAGCGCGUACACGAUGAGCAUGUUCAGCCCCAAGAGCGCCACGAUCCAGCAUCAUUGCGACAGCAGCAGUGGAGCACGGCACCGCCGCCGCAUCCGCCACAUCCCUGGAACCAGAAGGGGACGCACAGUCAACCCACAGAGUAAGGAUGGGCAACCUUCCCAAGGGUGCCUUUGCAUACUUGCCUCCUCGGCCCAUCCUUAGUCGCUUUCGUUGGCCGCGCCCCGCUCGAAAAGCUUCGAACUCGCCUUCCAGGGCCGCUGCGUCCUUGUCGCGCAUACGGCGGCAUGCUUCUCGCCAGCAGCGUCGGCGGAGCCCGUGCCCGCGGCGGCCCCCAAGCAGCCUCGGAGCAGCACCCUCAGUAGUUCGCAGGCCCACCGGCCCCUGCGAGACCUGCAGCGCGUCCCUCUACAGGGCGUGUCCCUCUACAGGGGGGAGAUUCACAA